UUCCGUAUGUAAGCGUAAGCGUGAGCUUACCUACCAGCUCGUCAUUCCGCGUCAAUGGAGCGUCUUUCGAAGUCCCGGAAUUGGAACCGGAAUUGGAACCGUCAUUUGCCGGACAAGAAAAAUAUAUCUGAUCGAAUUUCUGACCAUUACGAAAACAUAUAAAAAGUCCACCCCAUCCAUCCAACCCGCCGGUAAACUUAUCCUGCUCCAGCAAACCCGCUACAAUAAUGGCUUCCGACCGCACCGACGCAGAGAAAGCUAUCAAGCGCAAUCCUCACCCGGACUUCAAAAGCGUUGAAGCCUCCCGUCCCCCCUUCGAUCAAGGCUCAUCAUGGCACUUUACGCAAACUCCCUCCCCGAACUGGAAACCUGGCUCGGGCGCCAACACGUCUUCCUCGAAAGGCCAUAGACAAAUCGACCCGUAUGCGCCCGGCCGCCCCGCGGUGAACAACUACAAGCUGCUUAUUUCCGGCAUUGUGCCUCGACCUGUUGCCUUCGCAUCAACAAUCAGCGCAGAUGGCAAGUCGACCAACCUUGCGCCCUUCAGCUACUUCAACCUGGUAGCCCAUGACCCCCCGAUGUUCGUAAUUGGCUUCGCGGGCGGCCUGGACAAGGCGAAGGAUACACUGGCAAACCUCAUAGCUACGAAGGAGUGCGUGAUCAAUAUCAUCACGGAGGAGUACAUCGAGGCUGCAAACUACACGUCCAUCGAUGCGCCGGAUGGUGUGAGCGAGUGGGCGUUCAGCGGACUGAAGCCUGCGAAGAGCAGUAUGGUGAAGCCGGAUCGCGUGCAAGAAGCGGUGUUCAGCAUCGAGGCGAAGCUGACCAGUACGCAUGAGUGGACGAGCCGGAACCCCGAGACGCCGGACAAGAAGACGGGGGUUACAGUGUUUGUGGAAGGCGUCAACUUCUGGGUGAGAGAGGAUGCGAUUGAUGAGGCGGGGGUGUUGAUUGAUCCUGCUGUCAUGAAACCCAUUUCUCGACUCGGUGGUAUCACGUACGCUCGUUCAACGGAGGCUUUCGAAUUGCCGCGGCCGGAUUAUGCGCAGGUUACGAAGGAUCCUGAGGUUGCGAAGUUGGCGCUGCCGAAGGUUGAUGGACAGCUCGAGUAGCAUGUCUCACUCUGUUGCUUGUGUUUGGCGUCGUUUCUGACUUUUGAAGUGCGCGCGAGAAACUGUAGAGGGUAGAAUGGGUAGACGUGCGACAUGCGAUGAUGUGGAUAGAGGUCGAACUAGAUGAUACAUGCCUACAGAACUGCAAGGCAUAUGUAGACAGGUUGAGGAAAUAGAUAGACGGCGCUGAUCGUGUAUCCUAACAUUGUCAACAGUAGCGGUCUGCUCACCAAGGAAAUGCGCAAGACAUUCACGAACCCCACAUCCAAUCGGCUCACUACCGGCCUAAACA